GGCGUCCCCUCCGUGAGGUCGCGCCCGUUCGCACCGCCCCCGCCCGCAAGAAAGAUGGCAGUGGCCUGAUCCGGGCCCGUUGGCGGCGUCACUGACGCUUCGCUCCGGUCCUCGGAUCCCGAGCGCGGGGAGGCAGACCGACUGUGAGCUGCUUGUCCCCAUCCUGCGGCCGUCCUGGGGACACAGAGCCCUCCGUGGUGCCCGGGGAUUGGAUUGGAGCCAGGACCUCACUUCCUCCUCUGCCCCUGCCCCUGCCCCUCCCAGCACCUGGCCCACACCCUGCAGCCCGCCCCAUGGUCUGGCCCUGGGUGGCGAUGGCGUCCAGGUGGGGUCCCCUCAUUGGCCUGGCUCCGUGCUGCCUCUGGCUCCUGGGGGCGGUCCUUCUGAUGGACGCGUCUGCACGGCCUGCCAACCACUCGUCCACUCGAGAGAGAGCAGCCAAUAGGGAGGAGAAUGAGAUCCUGCCCCCAGACCACCUGAACGGGGUGAAGCUGGAGAUGGACGGGCACCUCAAUCGGGGCUUCCACCAGGAGGUCUUCCUAGGCAAGGACCUGGGUGGCUUUGAUGAGGACGCGGAGCCGCGGCGGAGCCGGAGGAAGCUGAUGGUCAUCUUUUCCAAGGUGGAUGUGAACACUGACCGGAAAAUCAGUGCCAAGGAGAUGCAGCGCUGGAUCAUGGAGAAGACGGCCGAGCACUUCCAGGAGGCCAUGGAGGAGAGCAAGACACACUUCCGUGCCGUGGACCCUGAUGGGGACGGUCACGUGUCUUGGGACGAGUAUAAGGUGAAGUUUUUGGCGAGUAAAGGCCAUAGCGAGAAGGAGGUUGCCGACGCCAUCAGGCUCAACGAGGAACUCAAAGUGGACGAGGAAACACAGGAAGUCCUGGAGAACCUGAAGGACCGCUGGUACCAGGCGGACAGCCCCCCUGCGGACCUGCUGCUGACGGAGGAGGAGUUCCUGUCAUUCCUCCACCCCGAGCACAGCCGGGGAAUGCUCAGGUUCAUGGUGAAGGAGAUCGUCCGGGACCUGGGUGAGGCUGGGUCCAGCCUGGCCAGCACGCCAGGGCCCGGGACCGACUGGCAGGGGCCGGGCAUCGUCGGGAGGUCGGGGCAGGUCCUGCGGGAGCCCCAGCCUGGGUGUGGGCUGACCCAUUCCCGUCUCGCAGACCAGGACGGUGACAAGCAGCUCUCUCUGCCCGAGUUCAUCUCCCUGCCUGUGGGCACCGUGGAGAACCAGCAGGGCCAGGACAUUGACGACAACUGGGUGAAAGACAGAAAAAAGGAGUUUGAGGAGCUCAUUGACUCCAACCACGACGGCAUCGUGACCGCCGAGGAGCUGGAGAGCUACAUGGACCCCAUGAACGAGUACAACGCGCUGAACGAGGCCAAGCAGAUGAUCGCCGUCGCCGACGAGAACCAGAACCACCACCUGGAGCCCGAGGAGGUGCUCAAGUACAGCGAGUUCUUCACGGGCAGCAAGCUGGUGGACUACGCGCGCAGCGUGCACGAGGAGUUCUGAGCGCCCGGCCGCGCCCCGCGCCGCCCCCCACGCACCACCGGCGCGGCCCCGCGGGUGACUCCGGGCUCCGUGGCUGUCCCUCCGUGGCUGUCCCGGGCCCCACCUCCUCCCUGCCGCCCGCCACCGGCCGACCGCCCGCGGCUGCCCCGGCUGAUGAGCGGCGCGUCCCCUCUGCAGCGCGCACCCCGGCGGGGCUUCGGCUGUGACGCGGCCGGGGCGCGGGGCGGGGCGCGGGGCUGGGCUGUGGCCCCGCGGCGCCGCCUCCUCCCUGGUCCCUCGAAAUCGUUGCAUCUCACUUCUGAGAACGAAAUCUCGCUUCACUCACUCUGCCGAAGGCGCUGACGGCAUCGCGGCCGGAACCUCUGGGCCCGGCCCCUCCCAGGGCCGCCGCUCCGUGGGAAAUAACAGCUCCUCCAUUUCCUUGAAAACUGAACGAUUAUUAAAAAUAGAUUAAACUUCGCUGGAAAUGAGUAGCCAGGAAGUUCAGGGGAGGGUGCCGGGUCCUUCCCGGGCCUGGCGUGUCGGAGCCACCCAGGUCCCGCAGCUGCCGCUGAGAAAAUGCAAAUAUUUGUUGUGACAAGAAUCACAUUAAUUUACUUUAAAUAUAGUUGCCUUUUUUGGUCAGCUUCA